ACUGUGAUUGCAUGCAAAUCCUCUCGGGACGCGGCCAGUUGGUGAGGGGUUGUGCGCUGGCAGCUUACAUCUCAGUGGCGGCGGAGACCCCAGAGAGGUGAGACUCGUCUCAACCAGAGCUGUCCAUUUAAGUACUGGUGCUGAAAUCUGAACCUGAAUUCCGUCUUGAAAUAAGGCUUAUAGACUGACCUUCGCGUUUCUCCUUCCCCCCAUACGUCGACUACAACUUGUCUCGAGGACUUUCACAAAAAAUGUGGAUCUGAUUUUGUGGAUUACUUCUGGGGAUACUGCUGUAUUUCAAACUGUUCUUGUGUCACGAUCUUGCUUUGUAUAACAUUUCGUUGGAAUAGGCGUGACUGGAUUUACAGGAAAAGCCCAAUGAGGACACACAGAUGGUGGGCGGCGCUUCUGUUGCUCGGGGUUGCCUCGCUGCCGGUGGCUGAGGGCUGGCCCGGCGAGGACGGGCACGGGCCCAAGAUCCGCCACCCCCUCGUGAGGUUCCGACACAAGCACGAUGGAAGUCCCGGCAGUCUGCACCUUAAAGGGCUCGCUGGCGCCGAUGGGCUCCGGGGGCCGUGUGAGAAUAAGUACUGCGGCUUGGGACGGCGCUGCGUGCUCAACGCCGAGACGGGCCGGGGGGACUGCGCCUGUCUGGACCACUGCCGCGUCCACUACAAGCCCGUGUGCGGGUCCGACGGACAGCUGUACCAGAACCACUGCGAGCUUCACCGGGCUGCCUGCCUCAAGCGGCAGAAAAUCACCACAGUCCACAGCGAGGAUUGCUUCUACAAAGGAGACAAAUGCAGACCCACUGACUACAGGAAGCUGAAGAACAAAAUGGUGGACGCGCAGAGGCAGAAGCACCUGAGAGAGGAGGACAACGAAGGGUGGAGCCGGGACAAAAUGGCGCUGAGGAGGAUGCUGGUGGAUCAGAUGUUCAAACGCUUCGACGUGGACGGGAGCGGCCUCGUGGACAGCACCGAGCUGUCGCUGAUAGUCAAACAGCAGGGCCCGUUCAAAGACUUCUCCGACUGCACGCCGUUUGACCUUCUGAAGUUCGACGACGGCAACGCUGACAAACACUUAUCCAAGGAAGAGUUCUACGUGGCAUUUGAGGUGUUUCAGCUGAGCCUGGCCAGCGAGCUGAAGUUCAGCGUGACCACCGCCAUGGUGGGGCAGAGCGUGGUGCUCACCUGCGGCAUCACGGGCACGCGUAGACCCCCCAUCGUCUGGAAGAGGAACAACCAGGUGCUCAACACCCUGGACCUGGAGGACAUCAAUAUCCCUCCACAGGAUUUCGGAGACGACGGCUCCCUCUACAUAACAAAGGUGACCACGACCCACAUGGGCAACUACAGCUGUCACGCCGAAGGGUACCCGCACCUCUCCCAGACCCACCUGCUGCGGGUCAACGUGCCCCCGGUUAUCCGGGUGCACCCGGAGAGCCAGGCUCGGGAGCCGGGCGUGACCGCCAGCCUCAGGUGUCACGCCGAGGGAAUCCCCGCCCCCAAGCUCACCUGGCUGAAGAACGGCGUGGACAUCACCACCCAGCUGUCCAAGCAGCUCACCCUGCAAGCGAACGGCAGCGAGGUGCACAUCAGCAACGUUCGGUACGAGGACACGGGGGCGUACACGUGCAUCGCCAAGAACGAGGCCGGCGUGGACGAGGACAUCUCCUCGCUCUUCGUGGAGGAUUCCGCCCGCAAAACACUGGCCAACAUUCUCUGGAGAGAAGAAGGUCUCGGGGUCAGCAACAUGUUCUACGUGUUCUACGAGGACGGCGUUAAGGUGAUCCAGCCCGUGCAGUGCGAGAUCCAGAGGCACAUCCGACCCAGUGAGAGGCUGCUGGGGCUGCAGCAGGAGGUUUGCCCAAAAUCUGCGGGCGACGCCGAGCAGAAGUGCGUCUGGGCCUCCGCGGUCAACGUGAAGGACAAGUACAUCUACGCCAGCCAGCCCACCCUCGGCCGCGUCCUGAUCGUGGACAUUCAGUCCCAGAAGGCCGUGCAGACCGUGAGCACCGACCCUUUCCCCGUGAAGCUGCUCUACGACAAGUCCCACGACCAGGUGUGGGUCCUAAGCUGGGGAGAUGCCCAGAAAACCACGCCCACCCUGCAGGUGAUCAGUCAGGCCAGCGGUGCCGUCCCCCACCACACGGUGCACACGCAGCCCGUGGGCCGCCGCUUCGACAGGGUGGAGGACUUCUUCAUCCCGCCCUCCACCCUCCUCGUCGAUCACGUCAGGUUCGGAUACGUCUUCCAUAAGAACGAGCCCGCGCUGCACAAGGUCGACCUGGAGACCAUGUCCACCGUGAGGAGCGUCAGCCUGCGGUCGCACGGCUGCGUGCCCACCUCCCUGGCCCACACGCACCUGGGGGGCCUGCUCGUCGUGGGCUGCAGGCAGGCCGCCACGGGCGCCGCCGGGCCCCAGCUCCUGCUGGACAGCGUGACGGACUCCGUGAUCGGGCCCAACCGGGACGUGACCGGCACCCCGUACGCCUCGCCGGACGGGCGCUACCUGGUCGCUGUGGACGACGCGGGCGGCCUGCUGCGGGUCCAGCCAGUCUCGGAGCGGGGCGAGGUGGGCGAGCCGUACGACAUCCACACCAACCUGCACGUGUCCGACCUGGCCUUCCAGCCCUCCUUCACCGCCGCCCGGCAGUACCACGCCUUCGCCAGCUCGGGCCGCCAGACGGACGCGCUGUACGUGGAGCUGGCCACCGGCAACCUGCGCAUGAUCGAGAGCCUGCGGGAGCCCACCGGCGCCGCCGACUGGCCCUGGAGCGGGCGCAACCGCGUCAUGGCCGGCAGCGGCCUGUUCGGACAGUACCUGAUGACCCCCGCCCGGGGGUCCCUCUUCAUCCUGGACGGCCGGCUCAACAAGCUGAACUGCGAGAUCACAGACGUCCUGAAGGGGAACACGGUGGUGUGGGUGGGGGACGCGUAGGCCCCCCCCUCCCCCUCCCAACCACCCCAU